AUGUCUUCUAAUAAAGGAUUCUGGCGCCGCCCACUACCAUUGAGUUUGUUGGGUUUGGGUAUUGUUGGUACAGGACUUGUUUACUUCAUCAAGCCGUCUCCUAUUGACAAAAGCUAUCCCCCUCAAGUUGCCAAGUAUCUUCAUCGGGCCAUUUACUAUAGUGGAGACCGGGUUCAUGACUUACCAAAGGCACUUACGUAUUAUGAAAAGGCGCUGGAAUCGGCGACCUCUUGUAUGAGCAUGGCCUCACCUGCUGUUCAAGGAAUUGACAUCCAAAUCGCAAAUGUUUAUGAGGCAAUGGGACAAAAAACAGAUGCUGCAAACGUUUAUCUUAAAAUUUUGGAUAAUACUAAAGAUCAAACUAAUUUUGUCGAACAGCGGGUGUAUAUUUCCAGCAAACUCAUUGAACUGUUAGAGCAAUUAGGGCGUGAUGAAGAAGCAGCCUCUGUGGCCGAUGACGCUUUGAAAGUGGUGUUCUCUGGAAAAUUCAAUCAACCGGAAGAAUCUACUAGUCGUAUUUUAGAACAGUGUGGUAAUUUAUACCUGAAACUAGGAAGUCCCAAUUUGGCAUUGCCAUUGUUCAAACGGGCGUUUGAUUUGACUACCGCCAAUCCUUCUUGUCAUGGUCUCGUUCUUAUGCAUAACUUGGCGACCAGUCUGAUAGCAGAAGCAGGUAUAACGGAGUCUCGUUACCACUCACGAUUGUUUUCUGAAGCUACGGACUGGUUAAACAAAAUCAUUGCCUCUUACCGACUGUGUUUGGAAAAGGAUCGCAACUCUGAAUGCCAUUCUGCAUACUCUGCCGCUCAUUAUACAUUAGGUAGUCUGGCGGAACAAAAUGGGAAAAUCCAAGAAGCCCGUCGUUUGUACGAAAAGGCUGAGCAAAUGCGUGUAAUUGCUCCGUAUAACGAUGCCUCUAUCCUUGCUCGGAUUGCUUUGGAUCGUUUAAAUGACAAGGAGUCAAACACCGAUGCCUGA